AUGGAUAGUUUUAGUAAUUACAAAAUUACAAGCUAUGAUUUAUAUAGAGGAUCAAAUGCAUUAGAAAGGUUUGUAAAUAAAUUUGAAGAGGAGCUAGCAAAAAUUCAAAUAGAUUUGUCAUCACCUGCGGAAAUAAUUAUGGAACCAGGAGACCAUAUAACAUUUAAUAAAGCAAUAGAAUGCUAUAUUUGUAAGAAGUCCUUUAUUGAGCCAGCACCAGAAAUUUUACAACAAUUCGAAGAAGCAAAACAACAAUUGUUAGAAUGUAAAGAAUGGGAGGCACAUAUGAAAAAAGAUCAUUCCAAAAAGAAAGACGUAUAA